UUCUCAGUGCGUGCUCAGGCAAGAUGGCAGACAGUUCGUUGUCGUCGUCGUCGUCUUCGUCGUCGUCGUCGUGUAGCGUCGCCCUCCGCCUAAAUAACGAUAAUAACGCGAGUGCGCAGACCACUGCUGCUGCUUCUUCUUCCUCUUCUUCGUGUAAUACAACUGCCGCUGCAUCUGCGGCCAACAACAACCCGAGUAACGAUCUGACUCGCGCCGCUGCCGUCGUCGUGGCUGGCAAGUCGAUUGUUGUAUCUCAAAACUUUAGUAGUGGUAUUAAGAUGCAGCAGCAGCUACAGCACAAUCGCAUCCAGGACGACGCUAAACUGAGUAUCGCGAGUGCCGUGGUGCUCGUCGAGCGCACCGAUCGUCAAUUGAUGAUCAAGAAUAAGGUGAAAAAUAUGAGUAUCGCGAGUGCAGGUAGUGCAGGUAGUGCUAGUGCUGGUGCCGGUGGUGUUGCCAACAAUAAUUCUGUGCUUAACAGUAGUGGUGGCAAAAUUAAUAAUGUUAAGAAAGAUUUGGUGUUGCUCAAAGAUAAGCUCAAUUGUAGUGUAGUGAUCGCCGACGAUCUCAAGCGCAUGACGCCGAAGAAGGCCAGCGGCAACAAUAACAAGGCCAAGCAGGACGUGGUGGUUGACAACGACGACGACGAUAGCGGCUUCGGCAGCAAGCCCGCUACACCUCCUCGCUCGGAAACCGACAGCAACAGUCGAAGCGGCAGCAGCAGCCCCGUCGUGGCAUCGCCAGUUGGAGUAGCAGCAGCAGCGAAGAAAAAGUCCGAGCGCGACGAUUGCUCCGGAAGUUCUGACAGCGGGGUCGCGUCGUCCUGCCACUCCGAUUGUCUCAGUCGGAGAAACAGCAGCAGCAGCAGUAGCGGCAUCAGCCUCAGCGUGAGCGGCGCCUCCAGCAGCAGCGGCAGCAGCGACAUCACGGAGCCGGGCUCGCCCUGCGGCAGCACCGGCAGCAUCGACGAGGGCGUGCACUCGUCGCGUUCGUCGCGCUCGUCGUCCUCGACGAGCUGGCACAAUCAACAACGGAGCACCAGCAACACCGCCAAGAGUCCACGGAAAUCCAGUGCCAACAGCAAUAACAAUAACAAAUCAACGGAAUCGCAGCAGCAGCAGCAGCAGCAGCAGCAGCAGUGGCCCUGGACGCCGCCGCUCGCCGUGACCGCCUCCAGCAACGAGGCUUACAAGAACAAAAAUCAGAAGACCGAGCCGAGGCACGGUCAGCUGCCGAGACAGCCCGACGACAGUCCCACGACGACCACAGGUAGAAAGACCAAGCGACAGUCCGCCAUCGGUGCGUCGAGCGCGGGAGUCGUCGUUCUUGCCCGAGCACAGGACAGCAGCAACACUGCCAGUAUCGUAAUCGCCAACAAGAAGUCGGCGCAGUCCGAAGAGGAGACGCGAAAAAUUACACAAUUUUUCAAAGCCAAGGUCAAGCGAAGACGAGUAGCGACUAAGCAGCCGUAUUAUCGUUGCGUGCUCAACAAGCAGGGUGGCCAGCUAGCCGUCGACAAAAAUCUUAAAAUGACGAUCGGCAGCGAGGACAACGAGUCCGAGACACUGGUAACCGACACGAGCGACAACUCCGGCAAUUCGGAAAAAGGAAUGCUUCCGCCUUCACUGCCCACGGAUCAUCUUAGCAUGGAAAAGGCACGAGUGGUACUUGUAUACGAAAUGCACGAUCUCUCCCACCCGACGUAUUACGAGGAUGCAGAGAUGGAUACUUCUCUCGAAAAGCUCGUGAUCGAUGAGGAUUAUCGACAGGACGAUGAGGGCAACGCGGAUAAGAUAUCCGGGGACACGAAAAAAGCCGCCGACGCGAGCUCGACGUCGUCGUGCAGCGUCGACACGACGAGCAGCGUAUCGUCGACCGAUCUCGACGCGUCGACGACAUCGAUGUCGAUGGACGUCGACCAGACGAAGCUCGAGGCCGCGAGGCGGCAAGAGGUCGACGACAUACUGACGCCGCCGCCGAGCGAUCUCAACAUCAGCGACGAGUCGCUGCCCGACGCGCUGCUCAUGCCGAUCGAGUGCUCCACGCCCGAGGUGGACGUCGCCAAGAAGCUGAGAUUCCCGCCGCGCAAGUCGCACUCGCCCAAGGACGAGAACAAGAUCUGCAGCUGGGAGAGCUGCGAGGGCGCCUUCGACAGUUCCGCCAAGCUGCUCGAGCACUUACAAACGGCGCACAUAUUUUCACAGCCAAUGAACGAUCGAUACACGUGUAUGUGGACUUCGUGCAAGGUGUACGGAAAGGUGUCCUGUUCAAGAAAGUGGCUCGAGGGACACGUCAUCACGCACGCCGGCAACAAACCGUUCUCGUGUAUAGUCGAGGGCUGCGGUGCCAAAUUUGCAUCUCAGAGUAUGCUAAAUAAGCAUGUAAAUGGGCACUUUGAUGAUAACAUGGCGCAAAACACAUCUACAGGAAAAAAGUCGACCGAGAGUACUGCAAAAAUGAUGAAAAAGAAUGGGAAGAAGAUGAGACUGCGAAAAACUCCUUAUUCUGCACGAGUCACUGAUCAUUUUGACCCUGCAGCAAUGGAAUGUCUGAAAUACGAUUUAAUAAAAAUGGAUAAGUCUAGAACUCAAGGGUUUUUAGCUGAGACGCCCGGAAAUGCAAUCACUCUUACAAGCAAAGUUAUUGGAAAACGCACACGAAAAACCGGGGAAUCUGAAGUAUUAGUACAAUGGUACCCAAGAAAUAUCGAAUCAGACGAAUGGAUAUUAGAAUGUGACUUGAGUACAAUAAAACACGUACCCAUCAGAAAAGCCGCACAAGAAAAUGAAGAAGAACUUAUUAGCUUAUUAUUCAAAAGUGCAAGUGAAACGUCAAAAUCGGAACCAAGAGCGAGACAAAAUCGCAGGAAACCUGUGCGAUUCGGAUUGUGAUUAGUGACUAAAACGUAUGCUUAAAAAUUAACUUGUAAGAUAUAGCUACGUUCUAAUUUCCUAGUCCAAGCUCUGGCGAUUAUUUAAAAUUAAUUUAAAUAAAUCAUCACGCUCAACAGACUUUAAGUUUAAACACUCGUCUCACAGAACACGUAAGUGCAUGAAUGUACAAAUGAAAUCGUAGUAUUACAUGGAAUAUAUAAUCCUUCAACGAUAUGUAUUGAACAAAAAGAGAAUUUUGUUCGGUACUGUUCAUGAAGAUGAUUCGUGACGUAAUUGUAAGAAUAUUAGUUAGCGCUUGCAACAAGUGCUGCCACUAGAAAAAAAAUAAAAACUGCCACUACAGACUUAACGAAGAAUCCAAUCCUUCAAAGUAAAUACAAUGGAAUGAUUAUAGAUAGCCUCAAAAGUGCCUCUGGUCAUGCGUGAUUUUUUUGAUUGUAUGAUACUUACGAGCAAAUGCAAGGCAUGACCUUAAAAUUUUCUGCAAAAGAGUUUUUACUAAAGCAGAAAAAUCCGCAGCAUUUUCCAUUUCGAAAAGGAAAAAAAACAUUGCACGAGGCGUUAAAAUUAAGAUUCAAACAAAAUAAUCAAAAGUAAUAAAUUAAUAAUCACUCCAGUGGCCUUAAGGAUUUAUAUACUGCCAACUGACCAUCAGUAAAUUUCCUUUAAAUCAAGAAUACGAAAAUUAUCAUUGAAGCUAUUAUUCAUGACUUCUGAGAGACUGGACGAGAAAAGAUUAAUUUAUUCUUUUUCAAAUAUAGUGGUUAUAUCGUAAAAAAGUGUUACGGGAAUUUCACUAACUGUUAUCACAUGGCAGGGUAUUGAGUUAGUUGAGUUUAAACUCAAAUAUUAUGCGAUCAGUAUCGUUCGACUAUUUCGUAUUACAAACGCUUAGAAAAUAUAAAUAUAUCCGGCUACGAUUAUUUAUUUUUGAGCAUGACAGUCAUCACGUAUAAAGCUUUUUGUAGUUAAUUUUUUUUAUAAUUUUUGAAUAUUAAUAAUAUUCUCAAAACAUUUGAAUUAGCUGAAUAUCAGCUGUGAUGAUGUAUAAUAUAAAGUAUACAAAGUCUCCUUUUAAGAAACUGUAUGAACGAAAUAUUUUGAUAAUAAUUAAAUAAAAUAUUUUUUAUGAUUAAACUGUUGCUCUCAUAAAGAUAAAAAUGCGGAG